UGCAAACACAACCUUCAUGUAAUUUGGCUUCAAAUUCAUUUACUAGGACUAUAAUAAGACUUGGAACUAGGACUGGUGCAGUGUCUCAAGUAUAAUAGUCAACUCUGGAGAAACUACACAAAUACAAGAAUAAACUGGUAUUGAUAGGACUUAAUAAAAGAUACUCAGUGAGCUUUCCAAUAUCUGAAUGUUAUUGAAGCUCUCUUAGAAGUCUAACCUGAAUUAGCCUGGUAUCCAGGGUUCAAAAUACCUUCAGGGAAAUCUUAUCACAAACAAGAACUAUCAAGAAUCUCAAUAAGUAGGAUCUCUCCAGGGCAAGGAUAUCAGCUGGUAAAUAACAAUCUGGCAUACCUAUAUUGAUAACUUGGACUCAGCCACCUUCCAUUCUGGACUUAUGGACUAUUAGAAGAAGGGGUGUGAAGACCCUAGAAUGUAUUUGUAAUUGAUAGUAGUUGGUGUUUUGAUAUUUCCAAUCCAGUACUGGGGUUGGAAGAGUAUCAGUUGACUGAGCUAUGGCGGAUAUAAUAUGGAAUAUAACUUUAGCACCGAGUGCAAACAACACGCCUAAUAUGGUAACAAAUAUGACUUCCAAUGCGCCACCUAUUCUUGUGCCAAUAAGUUCUGCACAACGGAUAACAUUCUUUGUGACACUAAUUUUGAUCAUUCUCAUGACAAUAGCGGGGAAUGGCUUAGUGUUUGCAGUAUUUAAUCACAAAAGAAGAUUGCUAACGAUAUCCAAUCGACUUGUCUUAAAUUUAUCAGUGUGUAACUUCUUUAUGGCCAUUUUUGUGAUGCCAUUUGCAUUAGUGUCAACCCUGACUGAAACCUGGACAUUCGGGAAAGGAGUCUGCGAGAUGAUUGGUAUUUUAACGACAUUCCUGUUCGUGGCUUGUAUAUUGACAUUACUAAGUAUCGCAGUUGAUAUGAAUUACGCCAUACAUAAACCUUUGCAUUACACAAUGCAAGUAACAAGACGUAGAGUGAACUGUUUCAUAGCUGGCAUCUGGAUUGUAGCAUUCAUACUUAGUAUACCACCACUUUUAGGAGCCAAUGAAAUAAUGUACCAGAGACACAAGUUCACCUGCACAGUUGCGUGGAGAACACAAAGAUGGCACCACCGAGCCUAUGGGAUUAUAAUUGUGGUAAUCUGUUUCUUACUGCCAUCUAUAAUUAUGUUUUCUGUCUAUAUAAGGAUGUUUAUAUCUGCCAUUAAAAGUGCCGCAUUUGCUCGGCAAAUAACUGGGAAUUCCAGCUUGCGUCAUGAUGACCAUUCAGAAAGUGAGGCUGAUUUACCAAGAGUGCCAAAAUUACGAAGACGUAGUAGUACUGGGAGUUGGAAUGUUAUAUUUCAUCGCGAUAACAACAAAGCCGCAAAAACAGGAUUUAUCGUCCUUUCUGCAUUUUUUCUGUCGUGGUGCCCUUAUUUCAUCGUAGUUGCUUGCGAAUCAAUACUUCCCUUCAAUCAGUACAUUCCUCCACCAAUAGAGGGCAUUGUCAUCUGGAUCGCAUUUGCAGGAUGUGCCCUGAAUCCAAUAGUGUAUGCAUUCCGGAAUAAAACUAUCAGAGUGGAUAUUAAAAAAAUGAUUCAGCAUUGGUUUUGUAAAAAAGAAGAGCCGGAUCUCCCGCCAAGAAGUCGUAAAGGAUCACGUGACUUCUUUCGUCGCGAUUCAAGGACGUCAAUGUUUGAUGCCGAGCGUUCAAAUGUAACAAUUGCUACAUAUUUAUCUCAGCAUAGACCCUCACUUCUGGUAAAUGGAGCCCCAGAAGUAAACCAAAAUGGCUCGCAAUCACAGAGCGAUGUUCGAGAUGAUGAAAAUCGUGUUAAUAUCCAUGAUGGAGAAUCUCGGAAGCACCAUCGAGAUCUAAGACGAUAUGAUUCAAAAAAAUAUAGGGGAGCAAGUGGACAGCAUGGUCAUCGGACUGAUUCCCCGAGGAACUCAAAGUUUCUGGAAUCCUCUGACCAUGCCACAUCCCAAGGGCCCAUUCAAUUCCAUAUAGGCGAAUCUCAACGAUUUUAUGAUGCAUUAUCUCCCAGAGAUAUAAUUGGUCGAAAUACUGAGUUGUCAAGUAUUGCAUCUCAGUCAGAUUCUUCACAGUGUACAUCAUUACCAAGUAUUGAAGUCAACUGAUGUAUAUUUUAAAAGUCAAUUCAUGGUUAUUGAAGUCAAUUCAUGUUUAUUGAAGUCAAUUCAUGUUUAUUAAAAUAUAUUCAUGGUUAUUAAAAUCAAUUCAUGUUUACUGGUGUCAAUUCAUAUUUAUUGAAGUCAAUUCAUGGUUAUUGAAGUCAAUUCAUGUUUAUUGAAGUCAAUUCAUGUUUACUGAUGUCAAUUCAUGUUUAUUGAAGUCAAUUCAUGUUUAUUGAAGUCAGUUUAUCUUUACUGAUGUCAAUUCAUAUUUAUUGAAG